AUGGGGCCCGAAGUCAGAGUCCAAGCACAGUCCACCAGCAGAACCUCACCAGAGCUCGUCUAUGAGAACAAUGGCCGCCCACCGGGGAACAUUAAUGGUUCAUAUGAAGAUCAACUGUGGGAGCUCUGCACAACAAAUGACGGACAGCACAAGAGCCGCUCAAUGUCUCCAUGGGAAUACAGCUCCAAGGUGGACAACCACAGAGUCCCGGUGGUCAUCAAUGAGGCCAGAUGUCUCCACCACGGCUGUUUGGACCCUGAGGGUCAUGUGGACCUCAGCAUGAACUCAGUCCCCAUCAGACAGGAGAUCCUGGUCCUGCGCCGUGAGAUGAGAGGAUGUGUCCCCGUCUAUAAGCUGGACAAGCAACUAGUCACCGUGGGCUGCACCUGUGUCCGGCCCAUCACCCAGUACCUCAGAUAA